AUGCCAGCGGCGCGCGUGUCUCCGGCGGACGAACCGGCGGCUGCCUGGCCUGCUGCCGCUGACCGCCGGAGACCCGCGGCCGCCACCCACGGCCUCGGGGGAGGAGGAGCUCCCACGUCGCCCACCGGCGAUACGCCGCCGCCUCCCCCUUCCAGCCACUGCCACAACUCGUCCAACAACGCCCACCACACCACGGACAACGGCAACAAGGCGCCGUGUUCCGUCACGCCCACCAAGACCACGACGUCAGGACAUGGCAAGCCGCGCUCCGCCAUAGUCACCGAGAACCACGGCUGUGUACCAGGGACGCUAAACCUCAUCUUCUCGAUGGACGCAGACUGGAGCCCCGCGACGACGGUGACCUCUGGCGGCGUGACGCCCUACCAGCGACUACUGGAUGCGCUGACCAACGACAUCCGAUGGCAGAAGGACGUGGACCUCGGAAGGAGGGUGGGCUUCUACCGCUUCCGCGGAGAACUGGGCACCGGGAACUUCUCACAGGUCAAGGUGGCCGUCCACUGCCUGGUUAAAGAGAAAGUGGCCGUCAAGAUCCUGGACAAGAGCAAGAUGGAUGCCAAGACGCAGCGCAUGCUGUCGCGCGAGAUCGCCAGCAUGGAGUCCCUGCACCACCCGCACGUGAUCCGGCUCUACGAGGUCAUCGAGACACUGAGCAGGGUUCACCUGGCGCUAGAGUUCGCGCCGGGGGGCGAGCUCUUCCAGAAGAUCACCAGCGACGGCCGGUACCCCGAAGAGGAGGCGCGCGUCGUGUUCGCGCAGGUCGCCUCUGCCAUCAACCACAUGCACGAGCUGAACAUCGUGCACCGGGACAUCAAGGCGGAGAACGUGUUCAUCGCGGGCCACAACCUGGUCAAGGUGGGCGACUUCGGCUUCAGCACGCAGCUGCGCUCGCGCGACGAGGCCCUGAGCACCUUCUGCGGCUCCCCUCCGUACGCGGCGCCCGAGCUGUUCCGCGACGAGAGCUACGCGGGCCCCGGCGUGGACGUGUGGGCGCUGGGCGUGCUGCUGUACUUCGUGGUGACGGCCUGCAUGCCCUUCCGGGCGCAGACCGUGGCCGCGCUCAAGAAGCUCAUCCUCGAGGGCCACUACGCGCUGCCAGAGUACCUGUCCGAGCAGUGCAAGAAGCUCAUAGCCUCCAUACUGCAGGUGUGCCCGCGGGACCGUCCCAGCGUGGCGGAUAUCGGGCGCUCCGAAUGGCUCCGGGGCCAGCGACUUCCCGAGGGCUACGCCCGCUACAACAUGUACCCGACGCUCGACCUGGACGCCACCGUCACGCAGGAAGAGUUCGAGGCCCGCGCGCACCUGCGCGAACUGGGCAUCGGCGAGGACCUGAUGCGCGACUGCGCCGACAAGGGCGCCCGCAGCGCCGUCACGGGCGCCUACCGCAUCGUCCUGCACAAGAUACAGACGACCGCGGCCCUCGACAACGUGGACAGCGAGUCGGCCGGCACGGCCACGGGCACGCCUUCGCCCGGCACGCACAAGGCCGACCGCGUCUCCCUGGGUCCGGACAGGAUGUUCUCCGUCAAGAACCGAAAGUCCAGAGCGUGUGUUGUGCUAUGAAGGCGUCGUUUUCUUUUUUAUAGCUCUGCUAGAGCAGCCUAGACAAUUGCACUGGUCUACCAAGUCACGCCUGAGCAGGGCAUAAGCCAGAGUGUCCAUUUUGCCAGUCGGGUAAGGAGUUCGCGAUAUUCCGUUCCCAAAGGAGUGAGAAGUUGACGUGCCGACUUGGAUCAAUUGUUUCUUGAGGAAAUGCCAGCAAGAAGGACGAG